AUGGCGACGUCCAAAACCCUAAUUCGCACCGGAGUUUCUCUGAUAAACCGUUUCAUCAACCCGACUGUUAAUUCGAACCCGAUUCCCCACCACCGGAUUGUCUGCCGGAGCCCCCCAUUUAUAAACCCUCCGCAGCUAUUCCCCUCUCUCUUCCUUCCUCAAUUUCACACCUCCUUUCUACAAUUUCCGCAGCACCAAAACGGUGCCGAAUCUCACGGAGAGCUCUUCCUCCACCCCUCUGGCAUCCCGUUUCUUCCGUUCUUCCUUCCCGAAGGAGAUGAUUCUUCAUCAAGUGAGUCAAUGAUUUUACUUCCGAAGCGAACAUAUCAACCGAGCAACAUCAGGCGCAAAAGGACACAUGGAUUUUUCGCUCGGAAAGCAACAAAAGGUGGCCGGAGAGUUAUUGCUCGGCGAAUCGCAAAAGGUCGGUCCAGAAUCACAGCUUGA